UUUAAUUAUAUUUAUGGCUUCCUUCUUUAAUUCUUUGUAAUCAAAACCGUCACUGAAGUAAAAAUCGGAGAAGAUGGGAGAAAACAAGGUGAUGAAAGGAGGACAGACAUGGGGAGAAAUUGUUUCAGAGAAGGUAUUCGCUCUCUACAACUCUCUCCCCAAGAAGGGAAAGCCUCAAGGUCGCGAAGUCUCUGUUUUGGCUGCUUUUCUUCUAUCUUCCCCUUCACAAGAUUUAGAAGUGGUUGCAUUGGGAACAGGGACUAAAUGUUUACCAAGGUCAAGUAGGAGUCCAAAUGGUGAUCUUAUCAAUGAUUCUCAUGCUGAAAUUAUUGCUAGAAGAGCUUUGAUAAGGUUCUUCUAUUCAGAAAUUCAGCGUGAUUGCAAUUUUAUCAAGAAGGAUGGAGUUGAUACAAGUCAGGAACUACAUGGUGUCAAUGGCUUAGACUUGCCUAGUUACUUGGAGAUUGAUCGGUCUGGCCAAGGGCUAUACAAGAUCAAAGAGGGUUGGCAUUUACAUUUGUACAUUUCACAGUUGCCAUGCGGGGAUGCUUCAGUUAGUUUAUCUCAAUCAUUAAGAAAUAUAUACUGUGGGGACGAGGUCGCUCCAUCAACAGGAAAUGCUGUUCUUCCUCCCGAAGAAAGAUUGUUUGACGCUGUGAUAAAGAACAAUGCUGGCAUUUCAACAGUGACUGGGAUGGUCCAAAGGAAGCCUGGCCGAGGGGCGAUGACUUCUUCUGUUAGCUGUUCAGAUAAAAUAGCACGCUGGAAUGUUGUUGGAACUCAAGGUGCGCUGCUUUCCUACUUGCUUCAGCCUGUUUAUACUACUUCAAUCAUUGUUGGGCAACCAUGCAAUAAUUCUCAAAAUCUCUCUGUAAAGGAUAGCUUGAGGAGAGCUUUGUUUGAUAGACUACUACCUCUAUCAAAUAUGUUAGUUGGUCCUUUUGUAGUGAAUGAGCCUUUGUUUUUUGAAGCUCCAGUAACGCCAAAGGAAUUUCAGCAUCUUGCUUCAGCUAAGGUCACAUUAACGUGCGGGUAUUCUAUCUGCUGGAAUAAACAUGGAUUGCAUGAGGUCAUCCUUGGGACGACGGGAAGAAAACAAGGAACUUCUUCAAAGGGAGCACAAUUUCCAUCGACAGAGUCAUCUUUGUGCAAGAAGAGACUUUUGCAAUGUUUUUUGUCCUUGAGGCACAACUCUAUGACUGAGCAGACGAACAACGCAGUUACUUAUAGGGAACUUAAGGAAAAUUCUCAAGAUUACUAUAAAAUGUCGAAAAUAUUGAAGGGAAGCCCCCCUUUCCACAACUGGCUCUCCAAACCUUGUGAUACUGAUAUGUUCUCUACUAACCAGUGAUUAGUUUUACUUGUUGGCAUUCAUGGUAAAUCCUGCCUAACAGAGUGCAAAAAAGGCUGCAUCAUAUUGUAUGGAUGGUCAUAAAGUUUUUCAAAUUUGCCGAAAUAUUGGUGUAAAAAAACCGUGUUUCAAGUUGUUUUAAACGAUAUGUCAUGGUUUAGACUGAUAUUUGGCGGUACGACAACCGCAUCAUCCCCGUUACCACAUCAGCUUGUCCGUUACCGCAAUUGUGACUGUUACCGUAGUUUUGCACUCUGCUCCCCGCGGACAUCAAACUUGUAUGAGGAAAUUAAUUAAUACUUUUUGUUGGUGAGCAAAGGACUAAGUCAUAACUGUCUCUUUUGAGACCGCAUGAGUAUAGUUCACAGACAAUAGGGUUGAUAUCUUUUGUGCUUAGCGACCAUAAAUGUUCUCGGAUGGUUGAAACUAGAUUGAGGAUAUGUUCUAUUUCGGCUUGUCAAAUUUGACUUGACCUGAGAUUCAAAAUCUGACCGAAAAUUAGUGGUUCAUAGCCCAUAAAGUUUACAGCCCGUCUUGUAUAAGAUCGUCUCACAGUGAAAAGAAACUCUUUAAGUUAAAAGUUUUUAUUAUUUGGCUAUUUAACUCAAGUAUGAAACAUAUAUCACAGUGAGACUGUCUCAUACAAGAAUUUGUGUAAAGUUUGACCUGAAACUGAAAAUGGUAUAUAAAAAUCAGUCAAACUCAAUUGUAACUUGAAUUCGACCUUUUUGACUUGUUUUCUUAAUUUGUCAACUUUUUCAGUUCCACGUUAUCAUUGUUGUUUAGGAGUAUCCCUUAUAUUUGUAGUCAAUUUUUGUAUUUUGAGUCAAUAUUUCUUUGUUGUAGCCUUAUAAUUGCUAUUUUGGUCAUUUAUUAUAAGAAAUAUGUUUUAUUAUAACAAAAAAAUUAUUAAUGUAUCAAUGAUUAGAAAAAGAUAAAAAUCCUUGACCCGGUGUUGAACCAAACUCGUGUUGAAUAAUUAGUUUAAGUCAAAUGUAGUGUAAAAUAACAUCGACUAAUAUUUGAGGCCUCUUAAAUUAGGAGGCUCUAUGGAAUUAAGCACCUUGCACAUGCCUAGAAGCACCCUCGUAGUUUUAAAUAUUCAAAUUAUUUUAUUUUAUUGCACAAUUUGAAAACAAGUAAUUUCUAAUUUAAUAAGCUAACUGCUUAUAGUAUGAAUUUUACGUAUUAAAAUCAGAUGUUUUUACGUAUUGAUAAGAGUUUUCAGUACCUUAACCAUGCAAUUAUUAUUGCUUUCUUCAUUAAUUAUUUUAUUUUCAUCAUCGAACUCAAUCAUCAACUAAUCAAUAUACAAAACUGUAUAAAUCCAAAGAAUAUUUAUUUGGAGUCUAUUUUAAUGACAUAUAGAAAUUGAUUAAAACAUUCAACAAGAAUCGAAAUUUUUUAUCUUUGAUGUCGUUGUAGAGUAUUUAUUAUUAUUAUUAUUAUUAUUAUUAUUAUUAUUAUUAUUGAUGUUGAGAUUCAAAUUUAUCAAACUCGACCAUUAAUCUUACCAUUCUAUUCUUCUUUGAUAAUUUGAUGAAUUUUCGUGAAUUUAAUGUGUUUUUGUGUGUAAUUUCAAUAUAAGUUGGGAUUGAAUGUCAAGAACUUUCAAUAAAAGGAGUUUUAGGAUUCAAUUACGCGUGAGGAAAGCAUUUUCUAUAAAAUCACGUGUAUCAUUUAGUUUCCAUAUCUCAAAGAGAUAAUCUCUCACAAGACUGAAAUAUUUUUUUUACUAGUUUUGAUUGAUUUAUAGUAAUAUUUUACUCCAGCUUUCUUCCAAGUGUUAUAAUUAUUUUGAAUAUAAAAAGUAAUUUUUAAAGCAAUAUGUUCCUAUU